AGUUAAAGGUGAAGAACAUAGGAGUUCAUUGUGGCCCAUUCGACGCGAAUGAUUGUGACUGUAUCCUAGUACUAAACGUCAGCCAGCUAGGUGCUCCAUACUUCCUGGAGUACAAGAUACAUGUACGGCCUCCAAGAUACAAUCGUUGUACAUCAAAAACAAGACGACUUCAUCGGUGGAAAGAAAUUCGUCGCUAAGGCCUCUUAAACUGAACAAUUUACCGUAUCGAUUGCACGAUUCUGAAUAGGGAUUGAGCCUUCAAAUUAAAGGAUUGAUACUGAUGGGCUUUUCUGUAUUAAGAGAGAAAAAGUGUAGCCAGGAGACGGCUUGCGCUUCUGCAACAACACAGGAGCGGUUAGAGACCUUAAGCCCCACCGAGGACGCUCAAUUCCAUCACACGUCUCACCCAGCUUUAUUACGAGGAGGCGGACAGAAUUGCCGGACGGGCUAAUGGCCCUUGACUGCCGCUAUUUAAGAGCACCGGAUCGUAUUCCGAAAUACGUCCACGCUACGUUAACGUAACAGAUAUCGGGGGAAAAGGCUUUCAAAGAGUAGGCACUUGAGAAUGUGAUCAAAGGCAGGCCCACGUGUAUUUAACCAAUAUUCCGCACCGGUCAGACGUAACCCUUGGUCGUUUGGUAGAAGAUUGUUUCAUCAUCCCGACGUCACAAAACUGACAGGACCGUUAAUUCUGUACCGAUAGGACCGGGCAAACGGUGCUUUCAAGACCGACUGUGGACAUCAGAGAAAUGAGCUAUGGACAAAGCCGCUUGGCUGUAACAGAUUCAUUUGAAGCCACAACAACAUAUCGCGAAUGAGCGAAAAAGUAAGAGCCCUUCAAAUAUCAUCGGGAACGAUAUUUUCACAUUGGCCUUGCUGACGGGAUAGACAAGUGUGCUGUGUGGUGAAGGUUUCCUGGCAUGGCCGAGUCGAGUUGGGUACAGUUUCUGAGGUGGGCUAUCUUCACGUGGACCGUACUGUGGACCGAGAGGGUGGCGGGACGUGAGAGGCUGGUGGCCCGCAUGGAGGGGGACCUGAUCAUCGGUGCGCUGUUCUCCAUCCACGAGAAGCCGCGGGGACCGACCGGGAUCGCCGCGCGGGAAUGUGGGGACAUCCGGGAGCAGUACGGCAUACAGAGGGUGGAGGCCAUGUUUCAGACACUGGACAGGAUCAACAGCGACCCGACCAUCCUCCCCAACAUCACCCUGGGCUGUGAGAUCCGGGACUCCUGCUGGCACGACACGGUCGCGCUGGAGCAGACCAUAGAGUUCGUCAGGCACACCAUAUCUACACAGACACAGCACUCCAGUGCACAGAAGUGUCCAGAUGGUACUGUGCUGUCGUCUCCAACAUAUGAACAGCCAAUCGUGGGGCUGAUAGGACCUGGGUCCAGCUCUGUAACCAUACAGGUUCAGAACCUUCUGCAGCUCUUUAACAUCCCGCAGAUUGCCUACUCUGCCACCAGUAAGGACCUGAGUGAUAAGGCCCGCUACAAGUACUUCCUACGGGUCAUCCCACCGGACACCCUUCAGGCGCAGGCAAUGGCUGACAUCGUCAUGCAUUACAACUGGACCUAUGUGUCAACACUGCACACUACAGGGAACUAUGGUCAGAGCGGAGCAGACGUGUUCAAGGCAUUGGUGAAGAAAGAAGGGGUUUGCAUUGCCACAUCUGACCAGGUGGAGUACGAUGCCGAUGACGACCGCUACGAUAACGUCGUGCGAAACCUGCAGUCCACUCCCUCCGCACACGUGGUGGUGUGCUUCUGUCAGGGGAACACCGUGAGAGGCCUGCUGGCAGCCAUGGAGAGACUCAACACCACGGGACAGUUCCUACUGCUCGGCAGUGACGGGUGGGCUGACAGGAAAGAACUGACAGCUUUCAAUCCAAGAGAGGCUGCGGGAAGUAUCACCAUUAAACCAUGGUCACCCCAGGUGGAGUCGUUUGACGGGUAUUACCAGAACUUGAACCCCUGGAACAACGCCAGGAAUCCCUGGUUCCAGGAAUUCUGGCAGUGGAGGUUCCGCUGCCGCAUAGUCGGACAUGCCAUGGAGAACACAUUCGACAAGAUCUGCACAGGAAACGAGAGCCUUCAGGACUACGUUCAGGACACCAAGCUGGGUUUUGUCAUCAACGCUAUCGAGGCCAUGGCCCACGGCCUGCACGACAUGCAGACGGCCCUGUGCGGGGAAACCGGCGGUCUCUGCCCGCAGAUGCGCAACGUGAACGGCACGCUGCUGCUGGAGCACAUCCUCAGCACGACCUUCCUGGGAGUCAACAACGAGACGGUCAGGUUCGACAAAAACGGAGAUCCUCCUGGAAGGUACGUCAUCAUGAACUUCCGACCCCUUGACAACGGUGACUUUGACUAUGUGAAGAUAGGCAGCUGGAAGUACGGACAACUGUCUAUAGACGAUGACAUCUUCAGGUCCAAUUGGAACAUGUCCGGUAUAAUCCGGUCCGUCUGUAGUGAGGAGUGCGCACCAUUGGAAGUAAAGAAGGUGAAGGGUCACGACACCUGUUGUUGGGUCUGCGCUUCAUGUAAAGAUGAUGAGUUCAGAGAAGACGAACACACCUGUACACCCUGCAAGGACGGCUGGUGGCCGACGAAAGACAAGACAGAUUGCUUCAAGAUCCCUGUAGAGUAUACGAAGUGGACUGAUGUACAGACGAUAGUGGCCGUGGUUUUCUCCUGCGUCGGUAUCAUGGCGACCACCUUCGUGACGACCGUUUUCGUCAGACAUCGCGACACGCCAGUGGUCAAGUCUUCAAGCCGAGAGCUGUGCUACAUCAUCCUCAUCGGCCUCUACAGCAGCUAUCUCAGCGCGUUUCCCCUUCUUUCUAAGCCAGACCAAGUCACAUGUUACCUCCAGAGAAUAUGCGUCGGUCUAUCGUUCUCUAUGUGCUACUCGGCACUAGUCACCAAGACCAACCGAAUCGCCAGAAUACUGGCAGGCAGCAAGAAGAAGAUCAUCACCAGAAAACCUCGCUUCAUGAGCGCCACUGCACAGGUCAUGAUCUCGUUUGCUCUCAUUUUCCUGGAGGGUGUCAUCAUUGCUGUUACCGUGGUCCUCUACCCUCCCUCCGCGGAGGCGUACUCGCCGAAACCCGGGCAGCUUCGGCUCAUCUGCAGCGUCAACACUUUCACCAUGAUCGUCCCGCUCAGCUUGGACAUGGUCCUGGUCAUCAUGUGUACUUACUACGCCUUCAAGACCAGGAACAUUCCCGAGAACUUCAACGAAGCCAAGUUUAUCGGGUUCACCAUGUAUACCACCUGUAUCAUCUGGCUGGCCUUCGUGCCUUUGUAUGUCAGCAGUGAUUUUAAGACCAUCACAACUUGCAUUGCCACCAGCCUCAGCGCCACCGCAACACUGGGCUGCAUGUUCUUACCUAAGGUGUACAUCAUCCUGAUGAAGCCAGAACGUAACCAGCGGAGUAACUUCACCACGUCAAACGAGGUGCGAUGCCAUGUGCUGGACAGCCAACCAUCGUCACUUCAAGGGGAUAAAAACAAGUAA